UGAUUCCCGCCAAAAUUGUGGACAUUUUGAGUGAAUCCGAAUGAAUCAUUUGACAAAACGCACACCAUCGUAAUAGUUAUAUAGCUUUACAUAUACAAACUUGUGUCUUUCAAACGAAAGAGAACUGGUGAACUUCUGCUGACCGAAACUUCUACUAACAGACAUCCGUUGAAAAAAUGUCCUUGACACCUGAGCAGUGUGAACAGUUCUGGAACUGUACCGACGUGGACUGUAGCGGCGAGCUGACGAUCCAAGAACUGAAAGCCGGCAUUCACAAGUACAAUCCCAAUAUUUCUGACCAGGACUGCGCUAAAAUGUUUUGCGACAUUGAUAAAAGCGGGGACAAGAGAAUCACUAAAGAAGAAUUCUUAAAAGAAAUGCAGGAGAAACCAAAACGCUCAGAGACAUUGUGUCAGUUGUUCAAUGACUACGACACCAGUGGGGAUGGAAAACUUGCUCAAGACGAACUAGCCAAACUACUUGCUACAUUUUUCAAAGAGAGAGACCCACAGGAAGUCAUGAAAGAGUUCUUAAAAUAUGUUGACACAAGCGGUGAUAAUAUGGUCUCCUAUGAAGAAUUUAGAAACUAUUUUGGAUAAUUGUAUUUUUUGGUGCGAGAUUGCCACUGAUAUAAAUAAUUAACAAACAAUGAAGUACAGUUUAUAUCUAGCACAAAUAUAAAACACAAAUAGAAUGACUGGCGCUUAGGAUACAAUAGAACCCACCUUACAGUUACGGAUGGCAAUAUUUGAUUAUACUCCCAUUAGAUAGUGAUCCACGCCUUCAAAUUCACCAUUACCACCAUUCUUUUAUUUUUGUCAUGAAGUAUUAUUGUGUUUUUUUCAAUGAUACGGUACUAUGCAGUGUAGUUAUAUAUUUAAUGAACGUGAAAAGAAGUCAGUUCUACGUUAUUAUAUAUCAUAAACUGAAUAAUUCUGAAGAAAGUGUAAAAAAGGCAGACAUAUUUCCAACCUACCAGUUUAUAUUUCCUAUGUGUUACUAGUACUAUACGAAGGUUUUGUUAUACAUUGUUAAUAUUAAAUAUUAUAUAAUUAUCUAGAUAGAAAUAAAUAUUUAAUAAACUUU